CAAACUACAAAGCAUCGAAAACUUGAACUCCAAACUAUUAAAAACACCAUGAGUUGCCCACAGGAUUGGCCAGAGCCAAUAGUCCGAGUACAAUCCUUAUCCAACAGCCCCGUAGUCCCAGAUCGAUACAUCAAACCCCCACCUGAUAGACCCACCUAUAUCCCAUCAUCCGAUAUUUCUGAUCAUGCCAACAUCCCAGUUAUUGACUUACAAGGCUUAUCCGGCGAAGACGAUCGCCUGCGUGCCGCCACGCUUAGCCAAAUCUCCGAGGCCUGCCGUGAGUGGGGAUUCUUCCAAGUGGUGAACCACGGCGUUAGCCCGGGACUGAUGGACAAAACCCAACAGGUUUGGCGGGAAUUCUUCCACUUGCCGAUGGAGUUGAAACAGGCGUAUGCCAACUCACCAAAGACUUAUGAAGGGUAUGGGAGCAGGCUUGGAAUUGAGAGAGGCGCCAUUCUUGACUGGAGCGAUUACUAUUUCCUUCACUAUCUUCCGUCGUGCUUAAAGGACUACAACAAGUGGCCUGCCCUCCCUGAUUAUGGAAGGGAAGUAAUAGAUGAGUAUGGAAAGGAGGUAGUGAAGCUUGGUGGGAGGAUAUUGAAGGCUUUGUCACUAAACCUUGGAUUAGGAGAAGACUUUCUUCAAAAUGCAUUUGGUGGCCAAGACAUUGGGGCAUGUCUAAGAACUAACUUCUAUCCAAAGUGCCCCCAGCCUGACCUGACCCUUGGCCUGUCGUCGCACUCGGACCCCGGCGGAAUGACCAUUUUGCUCGCCGACCAACAAGUCCCAGGUCUACAAGUCCGGAAAGAUGACGCUUGGAUCACUGUGAAACCAGCUCCACACGCUUUUAUUGUCAAUAUUGGGGAUCAAAUUCAGGUCUUAAGUAAUGCAACGUACAAGAGUGUAGAGCACAGGGUCAUCGUAAACCCAGCUAAAGAGAGACUCUCGUUGGCCUUCUUCUACAAUCCGAAGAGCGACAUACCCAUUCAACCGGUGAAGGAGCUUGUAACGCCGGACAAGCCUGCACAAUAUUCUCCUAUGACGUUCAAUGAAUACAGGCUUUACAUAAGAUUGAAUGGCCCUCGAGGAAAAUCUCAAGUCGAAUCUUUAAAGUCUCCACGAAAUACAUUGUGACAUUAAUUAAUUUUCUUCACCACAAAAAUUACAUGAAUGUAUGUAACGAUAUCUUUGUAUUGCUUCCUUUGAGCUAAUUGUACAUCUUGUAAUCAUGAAAGGAUGAGAAUAUGGUCAAAGUAUAGUGAAAAAAAUUGAUUAAUUAAAGAAAAUGAUUGGAGCUAGCCAGAAAUCAUUGUAUUAAUAUUGCUGAAUGUUUAUGGGUCUACAAGGAUUCAAAUUGCAUCAAUGACAAUUGACAAGGAUAAUUUGUCUUACUUUGGGGCAACAAUAAAAUACUUCGACACACAUGAUAUAUUUA